ACAGUUGCGAGUUGUUUGUCGGUCGCAAAAGACGAAACGCAAAAUUGGAAAUUGUUUAUAAAAAAUCAAUCAUAUUAACCCAGCAGAAGAAGGAACAUUCGGAAUUUGCACAACGCGUUAGUGUCUGUUAGUCUGUGUGUGUGAGAGAGAGGAGAGAGAGAGAGAGAAGGGGUUGCAGUUGGCUCUUGGUGGUAACAUGAAACACAGUCAUCAUGCCUUCGGCACGACCUGGUAGUCUUAAAGAUCCGGAAAUCGCCGAUCUAUUCAAUAAACAUGAUCCAGAGAAGAUUUUUGAGGACUUACGCGAAAUUGGCCAUGGAUCAUUCGGCGCCGUUUACUAUGCCCGGUGCAAUCUCAACAAGGAGAUUGUGGCCAUCAAAAAGAUGUCGUAUACGGGUAAACAGAGUCAGGAGAAAUGGCAGGAUAUACUCAAAGAGAUACGAUUCCUACGUCAAUUGAAUCAUCCGAAUACCAUCGAAUACAAGGGCUGCUACCUGCGUGAGUCGACAGCAUGGCUGGUAAUGGAAUAUUGCGUGGGCUCCGCAUCCGAUAUUAUCGAGGUACACAAGAAGCCGCUCCAUGAAGACGAAAUAGCCGCCAUCUGUUUGGGUGUACUCAGUGGACUGAGUUAUCUACAUUCGCUGGGACGCAUCCACAGAGACAUCAAGGCGGGCAAUAUCCUGCUGACUGACAAUGGUGUGGUAAAGCUAGCUGAUUUCGGCUCGGCGGCUAUUAAAUGUCCGGCCAAUAGCUUUGUGGGCACACCCUACUGGAUGGCGCCUGAGGUUAUUCUAGCUAUGGACGAGGGCCAAUACGAUGGCAAAGUGGAUGUGUGGUCACUUGGCAUCACCUGCAUUGAGCUGGCAGAGCGAAAGCCGCCCUAUUUCAAUAUGAAUGCCAUGUCUGCAUUAUAUCACAUUGCCCAGAAUGAGUCGCCCACACUGCCGAAGAACGACUGGUCAGAUGCCUUUUGCAAUUUCGUUGAACUGUGCCUCAAAAAGAUGCCUGCGGAGCGUCCAUCGUCUGCCAAACUUGUCAUGCACGUCUAUGUGACGCGUCCACGUUCCGAGACCGUGCUGCUUGAUCUUAUAGCCCGCACCAAGUCGGCAGUUCGCGAGCUGGACAACCUUAACUAUCGCAAAAUGAAGAAGAUACUCAUGGUUGACACCUGCGAAACGGAAAGUGCCGUUGGAGAUACAGAUGACCAGCAGGACGAUCAUGCUGGCGGUGACAGCAGCAAGAGCAAUAGUAUUACUUCGGAACACUCCAUACACUCAGUGGGUGUAUCGGCGGCCAGUAGUCAGAGCUCCUCGUCAAAUUCCAUACCGGCUGCAGCCCAAAAUCAUCAUCAUAUCGCUGUACAUCAUCAUCAGCAGGCGGCUGCCGCUGCAGUGGCCGCUGCCAUGCAGCAUCAUCACCAUCAACAGCAGCAGCAGUGGUCGAAUGCUGGACAGCAAGCAGGAGGAGCCGUUUCGGGAUCUGGCGCCGUAUCGCGCAACUCCUCACGCCACCGCAACCUCCCGCCGCUGCCGAACAUUAUGCAUAGCAUGAACAAUAAUGUAACGCCCACCAAUUCAGCCUCGGUGGUGCCGGCCCCGGCCCCGGCUCCGGUUCCAGCGCCAGGUCCCCACCACUCAGUAAUGCCGCUACUGGCCAACAUGGGAACCGGUACGGCCAGCAGCGGUGGUUCCCCAGCCGCCGGUUCUGUAAUGAGUACUGAUCGAAUGGCACCUAUUCAGCCGCGAUAUCUAUCAACGCCAGCUGCCCAAGCAGCUGUCUAUGCAGCUUCAUCGGCCUCCUCCCAGCAAGCCAUCUCCAAUGCGGUCAAUGAUCAUGGGCCAAACAAUUUCGCCACCAUACGCACCACCAGCAUUGUGACCAAGCAGCAGAAGGAGCACAUGCAGGAGGAGAUGCACGAACAGAUGUCCGGAUAUAAGCGCAUGCGACGAGAGCAUCAGGCCACUUUGGUGAAGCUGGAAGAGAAGUGCAAAGUGGAGAUGGAAACGCACAAGGCCGCCCUGGACAAGGAGUAUGAUAAUCUAUUGCAUAAUUUUACCCGGGAACUGGAGCGAUUGGCGGGCAAACACCAGCAGGAUGUGGAGCGUCGUUCAAAACAAACUGGCGCCGCCGAAAAGAAACUACACAAAGAGAUUACACUAAAGCAGGAAGGCGAUCGCAAGGUCUACGAUUUGAAUCGGAAAAAGGAAUACAAAGCCAACAAGGAGCGCUGGAAACGUGAACUCUCCAUGGACGAUUCAACGCCAAAGCGUCAACGAGAUCUGACCUUGCAAUCGCAAAAGGAUAAUCUAAAGCAGCAUGAGGCGCAAGAGGAGCAGCGUAUGCUCCAGGCCCAAAAGCAAUACAUUGAGCUUGAGAUGCGCAAAUUUAAGCGAAAACGCAUGAUUCUCUUACACGAACUGGACGAUCAGUUGUUGCGUGACGAGCUCAGUAAGAAGCAACAACAGCUAGAACAGGCCCAUGGCAUGCUGUUAAAGCACCACGAAAAGACACAGGAACUGGAGUAUCGGCAACAAAAGAGCGUGCAUCAAUUACGCGAGGAACAGAUAAACAAGCAACACGAUACGGAGUUGCACAAUCAAAAAGACUAUAUGGAUCGGCUUAAGAAAGAUCUGCUGCGUAAGCAUGCACUGGAGCUAAGGCAACAGCCCAAGAGCCUAAAGCAAAAAGAAUUGCAGAUACGUAAACAGUUUCGUGAGACAUGCAAAACGCAAACGAAACAAUAUAAACGUUACAAGGCGCAAGUGCUGCAGACAACACCAAAAGAGCAACAAAAGGAGGUUAUCAAGCAGCUAAAAGAGGAGAAGCACCGUAAACUGACGUUGCUGGGGGAACAGUAUGAACAAAGCAUUUCCGAUAUGUUCCAAAGUCAAAGCUAUAAACUAGACGAAAGUCAAGUUAUCGAGUGCCAACGUACCAAUGAACAAUUGGACUACGAACUGGAUAUGCUCACAGCCUAUCAAAAUAAGAACAAGAAACAGGCGCAGGAGCAGCGCGAUCGCGAGCGACGUGAGCUCGAGAAUCGUGUCAGUGUGCGGCGCAAUCUUUUGGAAAAUAAGAUGGAUGCCGAAUUGCAGCAAUUUAAUCAGGAACGUGCCGAACGCUUGCGCAUGAAACAUGAGAAGCAUACUAAAGAAUUGGAAGCUUUUGAUAAUGAGUCAAUAGCAUUAGGUUUCAGCGCGUUAUCGCUAACUGAGGUAUCUCGAGAGGCCUAUCCGGAUGAGGAGGGCAGUUUGUCUGGUUCCAUGAUUAGUUUAGCACAUAGCAAUAGUUCAACAAGUUUUCCGGCUGGUUCGCUAUAGCAUAAA